AUGGCGCCGAGACUGGCGCCAGAGACGGAUCUACUCGAGUGCAGAAAGCGCGCUGACUUCGAAGAACGCUUAGAGGCGAACGCAGAAGAACAGGAGGUACUCCUGCGCAGUGGGGGAAUGCAUGAUGGAAGCAAGAAGAGGGACAAAGAAGACGUAAAACAGCGGAAACAUGAAGCAGUUAGCUACACUGAGGAGCAGGAACAUAGUGGAGGGCGGAGACAACGCACCGCGGACAGAAGUUGCCCUGGGGGGUCUAACGAGUGA